GCUACUGGAGACGCGCUCCGCGGGGCGGACAGGCGCGCUUCCGGACUGGGGCGCGGCAGCCGGAAGUGCGUGGCCGCUGGGGCCAUGGCGGCGCUCAGCGUCGUCUGCCUGCUGCUGGCAGCGGCAUCCUGGCGGCCAGUCUCGGCUUCAGGAGAAGAAUUCUGGCCUGGCCAGUCGGCGGCGGACAUCCUGUCGGGGGCGGCAUCCCGCAGACGGUACCUCCUGUAUGAUGUCAACCCCCCAGAAGGCUUCAAUCUCCGCAGGGAUGUCUAUAUCCGGGUGGCAUCCUUGCUGAAGACGCUGUUGAAGACUGAGGAGUGGGUGCUAGUCCUGCCCCCGUGGGGCCGCCUCUACCACUGGCAAAGCCCUGACAUCCACCAGGUCCGGAUUCCCUGGUCCGAGUUUUUUGACCUCCCGAGUCUCAAUAAAAACAUCCCCGUUAUAGAGUAUGAGCAGUUCAUUGCAGAGUCCGGCGGGCCCUUUAUCGACCAGGUGUAUGUCCUACAAGGUUACGCUGAGGGCUGGAAGGAGGGCACCUGGGAGGAGAAGGUGGACGCACGGCCCUGCAUUGACCCUCUGCUGUACUCGCAGGACAAGCAUGAGUAUUACAGAGGCUGGUUUUGGGGCUACGAAGAAACACGGGGUCUGAAUGUCUCCUGCCUGUCCGUCCAGGGGUCGGCUUCCAUCGUCGCGCCUGUCCUCUUAAAAAACACAUCUGCUCGGUCUGUGAUGCUGGACCGAGCUGAGAAUCUGCUUCAUGACCACUAUGGAGGCCGGGAGUACUGGGAUACCCGGCGCAGCAUGGUGUUUGCAAAGCACUUGCGGGCUGUGGGAGAUGAGUUUAGGAGCCAGCACCUCAACUCGACAGACGCCGCUGAUAAGAUGGCCCCGGAGGAAGACUGGACGAAGAUGAAGGUCAAACUGGGCUCAGCACUAGGCGGCCCCUACCUCGGAGUCCACCUGAGAAGGAAGGACUUCAUCUGGGGCCACAGGGAGGAUGUGCCCAGCCUGGAGGGCGCCGUGAAGAAGAUCCGCAGCCUCAUGAAGACUCAUCAGCUGGACAAGGUGUUCGUGGCCACAGACGCCAUCAGGAAGGAACAGGAAGAACUGAGGAAGCUGCUGCCGGAAAUGGUGAGGUUUGAGCCCACGUGGGAGGAGCUGGAGCUGUACAAGGACGGAGGCGUCGCCAUUAUCGAUCAGUGGAUCUGCGCUCAUGCCAGGUUUUUUAUUGGCACCUCUGUUUCCACAUUUUCCUUUCGGAUUCACGAAGAGAGAGAGAUCCUGGGGUUGGACCCCAAGACAACAUACAACCGGUUUUGUGGAGACCAGGAGAAAGCGUGUGAGCAGCCCACGCACUGGAAGAUUGCGUACUGAGGGCCACCUAUCCACCGCCUGCCAAUUACUCGGUCACAGGGUCCCAGAGGAGGCCCCCACAUGGGAGGCAACACAUCUAGAGCCCAUGCUCCCACGUGUCCGUGGGCCGACAUCUACCUGUGUCUUAGGCUCUGCCACCUUCAGGAUUCACAACUGUGUCUUCUCUCAGGACCUGAGAACCCACGUCCCCAUCACAGAUGUCACAUGUGUGCUAGUCCAGAAAUGGAAGAACAUUUGUCAGCUCCAACACAGGCCUCUCAGCCACCUUCCUGAACAAGUUGAGCAUGGCCAGCCUGUGGCAACGCCCUCAGGUGUGGAUGCGGGCUCCUGAGGUGUUGGGGUGACUCUGACGCACUCAAGCAUGGACACAGGCUCCUGAGGUGUUGGGGUGACUGACGACUGAGAUCACUUCACACAUGGCCAGCGGGAGCCGACACCAGGCCUUGCCUCAGCCUCUACCUGUGUGGGGCUCCCACUAAUUUCCUCCUGGAUGGCACUGUUGUCAUCAGAGUGACAGCCCUGGAGCCUUGCCAAUGACUUCCUCGCCUCACAUGGACCCCCAGGCUCACUGCACACGCUGAGAAAUAGAAUUGAGAAGUAAAGGAAAUGGCCUUCAAAAGGCCACACCUGAGACCCACCCCUGCUUUGACUCCCUUCCCUGGGCCUCAUGCUGCACCACAGGAGGCAGAGUCAGCACAGCCGUGGCCAAGGCACCCCCAGGUCCCUGACCUGGUACUUAGCAGUACACCCCUCCCCCCAGUGCUGUGCACUGAGCAGCCCCCACUCAGCUACUGCCCAGGUCUCCGUCCCAAGCACCAAGGUAGAACCUGAGCACAGACAGGGCCCCGUGGCCCAGUCAGCUGACCAGCUAGAAUCACGUAUUUAUUUUCCAUUUGUACAUCCAAGCGUAUUAAUAAAAUACUUUUUCAAGAAAGC